AUGGAAAAGAUGUGUCUAGCCAUGAUAUGGGCUAUAAGAAAUUUGAGGCAUUAUUUCCAAUGUUACAAGGUGCAGGAAAUUCAAAAAAUAGACCUGCUGAAAUACUUGUUCGAAGCUCUGUCUCUUACGGGAAAGCCUGCUAGAUGGUUAGUACUCUUGGCAGAGUUUGAAAUUGAAUACAUCACCAAGAAUGUCAUCACAAGUAGGGCUGUAGCAGAGUUUUUAGCUCAAAAUGCGAUUGAAGGAGAUGACCUUUGGGAUCUAGAGUUCCCUGAUGAGAAUUUGGGGGUAAUUGAGAUUCAGGAAUGGAAGAUGUACUUUGACGGAGUUGAAAAUGCAAAAGGAGCAGGGUUAGGAGUAAUUAUGAUUAUGCUAGAAGGAGAUAUGCCACGAAUUUCUAAGCAAUUCGACUUUAAAGUAACUAAUAAUAUAGCAGAGUACGAAUCAUGUUUAUUUGGACUAAAAGCAGUCGUGGGAGGAGGAGCAAGACAACUGAUGGUGUAUGGGGACUCCAUGCUAGUAAUCCAACAAGCCAUUGAAGAAUCGAAUGUGAAAGAGGAAAGACUAAAACCAUAUGUCAAUUACUUAAGGACUUUGGUUUGCAAUUUUUCCAAAUGUUCAUUCAUUCAUUUUCUGCUAGAUGAGAAUCAUAUGGUGGAUUUACUAGUUACUGUAUCAUCAAUGUGGGAUAAACCCUCACAACUUCCAAUGAAGCCGUUGGUAAUCAUGAAGUCAGGAGCACCUUGUUAUCAAGGACAUUGGGUCAUGCAAGUUCAUAUAGGACUAGAGGAGAAGCCAUGGUUUUAUGAUUUGAAAAUGUCUAUAGAAGACAGGGUGUAUCCCAAGGAAGCGACUGUGAAGGGAAGGUACGCGCUGCAAAUACAGGCUAGAAGUUACCUCAGCAAUGAAGGAGUGUUGUAUAGAAGAAUGGUUUUAACUGUCCAACUUUAUUGUGUUACUAAGGUAGAAGUUCAAGUAGUGAUGGAAGAAAUGCACAAAGGAGUAUGCAGGUCAUAUAUGAACGAUAUAGUGUUAACUAGGAAGAUCAUGCAUCAAGACUACUAUUGGUUAACGAUGGAAAUAGAUUGUAUGGCUUUGGCAAGGAAAUGUCAUGAGUGCGAGCUUUAA